UUACGUCAUAAUAACCAAGAAAAGCUUGACUACAAUACUAUAUUCUAAUAAUACAAAGCAAAAAUGGGAGAUGAAGGAAAACAGAUGUCCCUUUACGGGAAAUCAUACCUGUCGCCCGAGGAAAUGGCUGGCCUGUGGAAGAAUGUUAUCCAGAGGACGGAAACCAUUCGUCGCAACCAUCUGGCAAAUACAGGGGAUGGGUCCAGACACUGGCCUGGAGUGAAGCAGUGGUCCCGCCAUGAAUUGGAAACUCUGAAGGACACGUUCUUUGGAAAGAGAACAAGGGGCACUGUGGUCGAUAGUUUUUCGACAUAUGAUAGACUGUUUCAUCCAAGAGAAGGAUACGAUAGUAAGAUUCAUCGAGACGAUCGGAACCACAUCCUGAAAAUCGGAAUCGCUGUUCACGAUGAGGAGAAAAAUAGGAUAUGGCCAGUUUUGAGUUCCUCAGCUUAUGGACAAAGAGCAGAAAAUAUUCUGGAACCAUUUUGUAGAGCGCGUGUCAGAAUCGAACACGUGGCACAGGGCUUCUCCUACCCCCGCGGAACAGGACUUCCGCCGAUUGAGAAACCAUGAAAUAAAGGCGGGAUAUUAAUGUUCAAAAUGAAAAAAAACAAAACAAAAAAAAACAUUGUUACUGCACAUAUAAAUUCAAGUCUAGUUUUCACAAAGUAUAUUUAUAAAAAGAUCGAAAUGUAAUUGUACGAAAAAUUAUGUUGAGACCGAAAAUUAAUUUGAUUUUAAUAUCAUGAUUUCAUAUAUUUCAUACUG